CUUUAAACAGACUCCGUUAUCUCCACCCCUCUCUCUCUCUCCCUCUCUUUCUUUCUAUCAUUCUCUCUCCCAAUUUUGAGGCUCUGAUUGCAAUUUCCUCUGUAGCUGUUUGUUUCCAAAGCUUCCUUUAUAGGUUGUUCUUGUUUUGAGUUGAUUGUUGUGCUUCAAUGUGGUUUGGGAUUGAGUGAUGGGUCUGCAACUAUUUGGAUGAUUUGUUUGUGGGUGUGAGUCAUAAGGACUUUUUCGUUUGAUGAUUGUGUGACGGAUCUGCAGUCUUUGUUAGUUCAUUUUGAUGUGUUAAAGAUGUUUGUGAGGUGACUAUAUUUGAAUAGUGGGUUUAUGACUUGUAACCCGAAAGCAGGAGAAGGAAUUAAUUGAUUUGUGGAGAAUCAUGGGGGAAGCUCUUCUCACUACUUUGUCCAUAGAGAAUUCUCAUUUGUCUACAUUGUUGUCGAUGGAUUCUGGUUCUUUGGCACAUGAUGAAUUGGAGAGAGAGAUGAAUCGGACUUUCAUACUUUCGCGCCCUCCUGAUAUCAAUCUCCCGUUGCUGUCUGAACCAAGCCCACCUCCUCCAACUUGGAAUGAUCCAUGUGACAUCUUGGAUGUAGGCCUUGGGUCUCAAGUGUAUGAAGCUGAGACAACAAUCAGUCUCCCCAAAGUCGCAAGGAAAUGCAACAAGAGACUCGAUAGUGUUUGGGGUGCAUGGUUUUUCUUUAGCUUCUAUUUCAAGCCUGUUUUGAACGAGAAGUCUAAGUGCAAGAUCAUUCGGGACAGUAAUGGGGUGUCUGGGUUUGACAAAACAGACUUGCAGCUAGAUGCUUUCUUGGUUCAGCAUGAUAUGGAAAACAUGUACAUGUGGGUUUUCAAGGAAAGGCCCGAAAAUGCAUUGGGGAAGAUGCAGCUGAGGAGUUACAUGAAUGGGCAUUCUCGCCAAGGAGAGCGGCCCUUCCCAUUUAGUGUGGACAGAGGUUUUGUGCGGUCUCAUCGAAUGCAGAGGAAGCACUACAGGGGUCUCUCUAACCCUCAAUGUGUUCAUGGGAUUGAAAUUGUUAGGACACCCAACCUCAUGUGUCUUGAUGAGGAAGAGAGGAAGAGGUGGACAGAGCUUACAGGCCGAGAUGUAAACUUCUCAAUCCCGCUUGAAGCAAGUGAUUUUGGUUCUUGGAGGAACAUACAGAAUCCAGAACUUGAGCUUGACCGGCCUGCCCCUCCAUCAAAGAACAAUAUAAAUUCUCAUCAAAGAAAAUUGCUUGAUGGUACUGGUUUGAAUUUGUCAACUCAGCCAUCAGACCAUGGAAACAGUGAUGGAAUGGACCUGUCACCGGUCUGCCAUAAGCGAAAGAAAGAACUCUUUCCUCAUGGAAAUGACAAUGAUUGCUGUUUACCUAAUAACCACCAUUUUGACAGAGUUUUGGAUGGCAAAAUCCACACAGAUGAGUCAUCUUGGUUUAAUGAGUUUAGUGGGGCAAUGAAGAAUGCAUCUGGGCCGGUUACAGCUGCAAAGACAAUAUACGAGGACGAUGAAGGGUUUUUGGUCAUUGUCAGCUUACCUUUUGUAGAUCUUCAAAGGGUUAAAGUUACUUGGAGGAAUACUAAUUCACAUGGGAUUGUAAAGAUAUCUUGUGUGAGUACAGCUUGUAUGCCAUUCAUUAAGAGGCGUGAUAGAACAUUUAAGCUAACAGAUCUGGCACCAGAGCACUGUCCUCCUGGGGAAUUUGUCAGGGAAAUUGCUCUUCCAACUCGCAUUCCAGAAGAUGCCAAACUGGAAGCGUAUUGUGAUGAGACAGGAACAAUGCUCGAAGUUAUGGUGCCCAAACGUCGAGUAGGACCAGAAGAACACGAGGUCCGUGUGUGCCUCCGCCCCUCUCCCUGGAACGAAAGGGAGCAUUUGUUGACCUGAAGGAGGCAUUAAGAUGACAGAUGCAAUAAACAUUUUUUUUUUCUGUUUCAUUGUUUUUUAACUUGAUUCCGCCGAGGAAGUCUAUUGAAUGAAAUCUGAUUUUUUUUUUUUUCUUUUCUUUAGAAAUUUUAAACCCCUAGAAAAAGAAAGAAAAAGUUAGCAUCCUUUUCUUUUCCUUUUUCCAUACUAUUUAUCAAAUUGAUGUUGAUUCAUGUAGGUGGUAUGUUAUGUAUCUUAUGUCGUAUUAGCCAUAUGUUCUUUGCUUGUAGCUUUGCACUGAAGUUCUGGUGCGGGAGUUCAACAUUAUUAUAAGUUUGCAUUCCCAUAGUGCUUGGAUUGAAGGUUCUUUGUAUAAAUGAAAUACUUAUGUGUACUAUUAUCUCAUAUAUAUGUAUCUUAUUGUUUCCAUUCGCC